GUUUGGAGUCAUGCUGAAUGAAGUGCUUACGGAGGCGUGCGGCAAGUGAGCCAUUGCUUACAAAGCAGCGACAAUACUAAGGCAUUAAAUGUGACACGUUGCAUAGACCCCGGCAGAACGGAAUGGAGUCCGUGUGUGCACCCCCUCACAUGGACACGGAGAGCCCAAGCUGCUUUGCUGGGGCCAAUGACGCAGCCCCCUGCAAGGAAGGCUCCCCUGACCCCGCGGGAAAAGGCCCCCCUCGUGUUGCCAGCUACUCAGAAAUGGACACCAGACCCCCUCUGACUCCGGAUACCAUGAUGGCCUUGGAUGUGGACUCACACGUAGGCAGAGAUUCGUUGGGGGAUCCUUUCCAUAUGCAGGAACUUCUAAGUGAGCUACCAACACUGAAUUGCCAGGCAGGAGAGCCACACUCAAACUGCUGUACUGAGUCUGACCGUCAUUUAAACACAAGGCCGAGCGGGGAUCAGGAUUACCAGGAGAGUGCCAACCAGUGCUCACCGUGCCCUUUGCAUAUAGCCAUAGGGAAAGGGCAGCCACAAUUAAUUAAUCGAUCCUCCGAAUCCGACCUACAAGCUUCUAGCAGUCGUGGACUGUUCAUGACAGACGAUGACACGGGGGAGUUGCUUAGUCUUUUUCAGUACGAGGGGGGCACUCUGGCAGACGUAAAUACAGGAACGCCCUUGGCUACAUUAGAUGGCUUAACACAAAAUGAGGAGCGUUCAAGUACCGGCAUUUUAGCGUGGGAUGAGAAUGAGACGCCUUCCUCCUCCUCUGAGCUUAGCAGAGAAGACAGUUCUAGUAGUGUGGCUGAAUCGGAGAUUUCCGAUCAACAGCGACCCCUGCAGGAAAAUAACGAGGAGACUCUGAUGCUGUUCCCUCACUACCCAGCUAUGGCAAAAGUUCCAGGCCCUUGUGAACCAGACGAUUUGCUGGAUGGGGUUGUUUUUGGGGCCAGGUAUCUUGGAUCUACACAAUUGGAAUGUGCAAGACACCAGAUGGCAAGUACCCGAAUGAGACAAGCGCAAGAAGCAGUGGACAGGGUCAAGGCACCAGAUGGAGAGUCUCAACCCAUGACAGAGGUGGAUGUUAUGGUUUCCACAAAAUCUAUUAAAGUGCUGACCGCAAAUACACAGGAAGCCUUGAUGGACCACCCAUUGCAGACAAUUUCCUAUACAGCUGACGUUGGCAGUAUUGUGGUUAUUAUGGUACACAGAAAAUUACCCCGUAGCUCAGACAAGCCUUCCUCCAAUAAAAGACCACAUAGGAUUAUCUGUCAUGUCUUUCAGUCAGAGGAUGCACAACUCAUUGCUCAGGCCAUUGGUCAGGCCUUUGCGUUGGCAUACCACAAUUUUCUUCAGUCUGAGGGUGUAGAACCUGAGCAAACUGAGAAAACACGAAUGACUGAACGGCUCUACAAUGCAGAUCUUGCUCACUUUACCAAGCAAGACAACUGCAAAGAGGUUUGUAUCCAGAAACAACAAGGAGAAGUGCUGGGUGUGACAGUUGUGGAAUCCGGUUGGGGAUCUCUACUUCCUACUGUUGUCAUUGCAAAUCUUAUGCAUGGAGGACCAGCAGAGCGCUGUGGAGAGCUGAGCAUUGGAGACCAUGUGAUAAGUGUCAAUGGCACAAGCUUAGUAGGGCUUCCCUUUUCUACAUGUCAGGAACUAAUACGGGAGCUAAAAUGUCAGUCUGAGGUGACCUUGAGAAUUGUGCACUGCCCACCAGUUGUCACCGCCAUCAUACAUAGACCUAAUACUACCUAUCAACUGGGCUUCUGUGUGGAAGAUGGAGUGAUUUGCAGCCUUGUCCGUGGAGGAAUUGCUGAAAAAGGUGGAAUCAGAGUUGGACAUCGAAUCAUUGAAAUAAAUGGACAAAGUGUGGUGGCUACAUCACAUGACAAAAUUAUACAGACACUGCUGGAUGCUACAGGGGAGGUCCAAAUCAAAACCAUGCCAGCCUCUACAUACAGGCUGCUGACUGGUCAGGAGACCCCGACUUAUCUCUGAAGAAUAGCUGAAUUCUUAUCGAGUAUACAAGGACAGCCUUAAAACAGACAUGAUGCUGAAGAUCCAGUAAUACUGUUGAUAUAUGUAAUAACAUAUCUCUACAUGUGCAAUUCAUUUUAUAUCAAGACUUUGUUCA